AUGGCAUCUUACCUGAUUUUCUUGAUGGCCCUCCUGUAUUUUGACCAAGGAAGUGCUCUGCGAUGUUAUACAUGUGUGGGGGACAACUGCCAUGGAAAAGAUCAAAGGUCCACCAACUGUUCAUCCUCUGAUGCCUACUGUGAGACCAUUGUGAUAACUGCUCAGCUUGAAACCCACAAGUUUGAAAACAUCAUCCAGAAAUGCUCUUCUACUUGUGAGCCGUCCAACAUAACACUUGGCGUGUUGCAUGUGACAUCGCAGUGUUGUAACAACACCCUGUGCAACAGCAAUGGAGUGACCCACGUGACUGCCAGCUUCAGGGCAGUAGUCUGGGCUGUGUUGACAUGCUUUGUCUUCCCUCUGUUCGGGAGUAGGCUCUGA